AUGCAGGUUGGCUUCACCGGGUGCUUCCUGGUGGAGCUCUUAGUGCGAUGGGCAGCUGAAGGUGUCAUCGAUUUCUUCAGGUCUGCUGACCUGGUGUGGAAUGUACUGGACGUCAUUUGCGUCCUCAUUGGUGUGGUGGAUGCUUCAGCUGAGAUUGUCAUGCUUGCAACAGGGCUCGAGGAACAGACUCCUCUUCGGGGCUUUACCGUGAUGAGGGUGCUGAGGGUGGUGCGCCGUCAUGCAUCAGCUAGCAGGCAGCUCACCCCACAGCAAACAUGUGACAAGUUGCGACGAAAGAAGGUGAUCCGGAUUAUGCGAUUCUUCCGUGAACUCCGCAUGAUGAUCUUCAGCACGGUGAACUGCUUGAAGUCCGUCGUUUGGAUCAUUCUAUUUCUGUUCGGGCUUUUCUACAUGUUUGGUGUUGCCUUCACGCAAGCAGUUACAAGCUAUCUCGACAACCUUGAGAUGAGAAAGCUGUCCGAGUACUCUUCCUUGCAGCUGUACUUCGGCACUCUGGACAGCUCUAUACUGGCUUUGUACAUGGCAAUGUCCGGGGGACAGAACUGGCACGUCUACUACGACUCGCUGGCCACCAUGAGCGGCGGGGAGUUCUGGUGCUUGCUCUACAUCCUCUAUAUCACCUUUGCUUUGUUCGCCGUAGUCAACAUUGUCACUGGAGUGUUUGUAGACACCGCCCUUCAGUCCAGCAAAAACGAUCGAGAAGUGGUCGUGCAGGAAGAGCUGGAGCAAAAGCAGGAUUACCUGAAGCAGCUUCAUCAGCUGUUCCAGGCUAUCGACGAAAACUCUGAGGGUCGCAUCACUCGCGAGGUCUUGCAGCAAGCUUUCAAGCAUGAGACCAUCCUUGCAUACUUCUCCCAUCUGAAGAUAGAUGUCCCAGAUGCGGCCACGCUUUUCGACCUCUUGGACUUCGAUCAGUCCGGCACGAUCGACUUGGAGGAGUUUCUUCAUGGUUGCUACCAACUCCAUGGUGAGGCAACACACCUGGAAGCUAAGAUGAUGCAAGCAGAAGUGAGGUUUAUGAAGGAAAACUUGAUCAAGCUUGUCGAUGACAUGCAGAAAGUGCAUACACAGCUAAAGUUUCUGAAGCGAUUGCCUUAG